ACCCCACACCCGUUUGCAACCUCCAUUCACUCCAGCACAAGCAACUCAUCACAAAACACAAGCUCAUCUCUCUUCACACCACAAGAUCAAGCCCAUCUCGUACUGACCGAUCUCUCCAGCAGUUAAUAAUGGCUCCAAUGGCCACCAAGAACGCCAUGGUGCUCCUCCUCCUGGCCAUCCUCCCUCUCGCCGCCCUCUCCUCCUCCCGCGCCGGCCCGUCGGCGCACAAGAGCCACAGCCACGGCCACGGCCACGGGCCCAAGCACCCAUCAUCGCCUCCUCCAUCACCUUCUCCUCCACCCCCGGCCGCCGCCGCCGCUUUGGUGCGCGCCACCUGCAACUCCACUACCUACCCCGAGCUCUGCGUGUCCGCGCUGGGCGCCGACCCGUCCAGCGCCACGGCCGACGUGCGGGGCCUCUCCGCCAUCGCCGUCUCCGCCGCGGCCGCCAACGCCUCGGGCGGCGCCGCCACGGCCGCCGCGCUCGCCAACGGCACCGCCCCGGACGGCACGGCGGCCGCGCAGCAGCAGGCCGCCGACGCCACCGUGCAGGCGCUGCUCCGCACCUGCGCCGCCAAGUACGGCGACGCCCGCGACGCGCUGAGCGCGGCGAGGGAGUCCAUCGCGGCGCAGGACUACGACUUCGCGUCCGUGCACGUCAGCGCCGCCGCCGAGUACCCGCAGGUGUGCAGGGUGCUGUUCCGCCGGCAGAGGCCGGGUCAGUACCCGCCGGAGCUGGCGGCCAGGGAGGAGGCGCUCAGCCGGCUCUGCUCCGUCGCGCUCGACAUCAUCGCCCUCGUCUCCAAUAGCAGCUAGCUGAUGAUGCUGAUCCAGUACUCCAAUUAAUCAUCCUUCAUAACAGCGUAAAAUAGUACUCUUAUUAAUCGCCCUCGUCUCUAUGAUUUUGGUAGCAUAGAAUAGUACUCCACUUGUUAAUCUGCACGUAAUCCAGUGUUGAGUUGAUUAAUAUGUACGUAUCUCUUAAUCUCUUGUACUACUAUCAGUUAACUACUGAAGAAGAAAUGUUCUUUUAUGUGUUGAGGAUUAAACUUUAGUUCAGAGAAGAAUAUGUUGAGCAUAUAUUUUUCUUUGUUCACUUCAAUAGAUGAAUAAGUAUGGGGUAGGCACUAUCCCACUACUUGACUUGUUCUUUUGUUGAACAGUGUAAAGUUGACAGAAACUAGCAAGAGGGUUCGUUACUGCUACGUUUCCAUGGCUUGUAUGCCAACCUAAUCUGGAUUCAGAUACUCUGGAUGGAAAUAUAGUGAAGAUCUUUUAUUUC